AUGGACUCAGCAACCUCCCAUCGGCCGCCCAAACGCCUCGCCGUCUUCUGUGACGGCACAUGGGUCGGCCGCGAGACAGCCGUCGACGACGCACCACCAAGCAACAUCCGGCAGCUCGCCAACAUGGUCGGCACCGUCAAGUACAAAACCGACGACAAAGCCGCCGCAACCGUGCACCCCAUCCAACCGCACAAAAACAAGAACCUCUCUGAGACUUCUUCUGCCUCCGCCCCGGAUGCCAUCAUCGCAGGUUACCAAGAAGGCGUGGGCCUGAACAAGAACUUCAUGCAGUACAUCUGGGACGGCGCCACCGCCUCCUCCAUCAGCGAAGAAUGCAUCGCCGUGUACAAAUUCAUCGUGGAAAACUACACCGACGAGCACGAAAUCUGGUUGUUCGGAUUCAGUCGCGGCGCGUUUACUGUGCGCUGCGUCGCGGGCAUGAUUAACAACUGCGGCAUCAUCAAGCGGCGCGCCGACUACACCGACGAAGAGGUGUCGCGCCUGUGCUACGAAAUAUUCCGCACGUAUCGCUCUAGUUUGCCGGUUGAUGCGCCUAAAAGCGAGGAAUGUCAGCGCUGGAAGGGGCUGGAAGAUAGAGUGUGGCAGGUUAAACGCCCGAUUCGCUUCAUGGGGGUUAUAGAUACGGUGGGUGCGCUGGGGAUUCCGCGACUAAGCGCGGGCGUAGGGUUCGAUUGGAGUCCAUUUGAGUUUUUCGAUAUGAGCAUCUCGAGCGUGGUGCAGCAUUGCUAUCACGCGCCGUGCUUGCACGAUAGGCUGUGGAUCUUCCAGCCGUGUCUUGUGUCUGCGAGCGAGGAGACGGCGGCGGAUGAGAAAGAGGCGAGGGCUAGUAUAACGCAGAAAUGGUUUCCGGGGACCCAUUACGAUGUCGGUCGUAUGACGUUUCGGUUUGUGCGGCAGAGCCCGACGAACUGGAUUGAGGAGGCGUUGGGGUGGCUUCCUAACUUGCUGUCGCGUACAAUUUAUCCGAAUCAAGUGCUCAGCGAUGCGGUAUUGCGGUGGAUGGUGGAAAGUGUACAUGCUGUGGAUGAGCGUUCAGAAACACCCAUUAUGCCUGGCGCGCAAGAAUGGAUACAGCAUCUCGGAGAGAGGCUGGGUGAAGCCGCACUAUCAGCUUCAUCAACGGAAGAUCAACACCUAAGAACUGGCAGUGGAGACAUCUACGGCGACGUGCUAGCCUACGCACCCGGCGGCGUCGUGAUUAGCUCGGUGCAAAAGACCUCGCGCUCCAUCACCUCCCUCCUCAAUGGUGUCUUGCCGCGGCUUGGUGACAACAUCCAGAGCGUGCUGGGUGUCAAAACACUCAUCGGUAUCCUGACAAACACUGCCGAUCGCCGUAUCCCGGGUACGCAAGCAGAAAUAUACCCGUACACAGAGCCAGAGAAGGUGAUGGUCAAGGGAAGCGAAGUUGUUUUCACAGUAGAAGAGCUGGCGCGAAUGAAGGAGGUAAAUGACGUGGGGCAAGUCAGAUAUCCCAGUCAGUGUUUCCAUUCGUUUUUGCUUUGGAAAGAGGUGUUUGGGAAAAAGGUAACUUCAUGUGGACACUGA